GCGAAAGGGACCGUCAACUGUGCCAGAGAACAGUUGUCUCAAUGUCCAGGACUGCAUUCCGGAAGCUUUGGGCCCAACUGUACCAGCCAGGAAGCUGGGAGGUGUUCUCAGGCAAAGCAACACUCAACUGAUUCUUUGAAAGGGGCAGCUGGGGCUCUGAUGCCUCACUCAGGGAGUGUGGUGCAAGGAAGGGAAGCCUGUGAAGGGACAGAGGAGGAGAGCGUGUCUGCAGUGUCCGGAGCAGCCAAAGGAUCCCCCUUUCCAAUGGCAGGGCUGGCCGCCUUUGUUGCUUUGCGGCUGCUCGACGGUCCUACACAAGAGUCUGGCGGUGACGAGGAGACUGGCGGGGUGCUGGAGCGGGGAGCGGAGUGCGAGCAUCAACCCGGGAAAGUGCAAGCCGUGCUGCAGGAGACGGCCCUUCGGACGCCCAAGACUUCCACCCUAGCGGAAGGACUGCCUGAAGAGGCGCAGCUGCUCCAAAAUGGGCCAGCAGUCGGAGACGGGAGAGCGGAAGGAGGAACAGAGGGAGAGGAAGGAGAAGGCGGAAGAAGUCAAGAGCCUGCGGAGGAAGAGAGCCGGGGGAAGCACCCAAUUAAGUCUGAUCUACCCUGCGAGAUUGGAGCUGAUGCGCCAAGCCAGGGCGUUUUGAGCGAGCAAUGGAGGGUGCCGUUCUCUCAGAGACUCACUCAAGCGGAAGCUGGGGAAAGCUGGGAUCUUGGACGGGGCGAGUACUCGGAAAAAGCGGUUUUAGCUGGAGAGCGGCAAAAAGGAGGCGUUGCGGCUGCGGCAGUUGCAAAGGAGAGCAAAGCAGUGGGAGCUGGAGCAGGUAUGGGAGCUGUGCGGAUGGCGGAAUGCUGCAAGAUGACGCUGACACUGGAACUGAGCGAGCGGAAUCAAGCGGGGGGCGGGGAAGCUGAGAACGACGGAGUGAUGUCAGAGGGGGGAGGUCACUUGACGGGCGACGGCAGGGCUGGCGGCCCGGAGAAGUCAAAGUCUUGUGGUGAGACGAUGCAGGUCGGGUUCGACCUGGGUUUGGACCUACGGAUGUCGCUGGUGGAGACGCAGGACCGCGCUGCGAGCCCGCCUGCUCUGGAAGAAGAGGAAAACGCAGAGGGUGGGGGAACUGGGAUGGAAGGCUGUUGUCGGGCCAACGCAGACGGAGAUGUGGGAGGGCAGCCUUGUCAACGGGAUGCGGGACGGGACAGCAAGGAACUUUCUGGCCCUCUGGAGCAGCCUUUCGGGGUGCGCUUGGGAACUGCAAACGAAAACGGCCCACCCCUUCCUGAACGGGCCCCCGAUGGUCAGGUCUUGCCAGGCAAUGAUUCUUCCCCAAGGCCACUACCCGAGGCCGCUGAUGUCACCGUUGCUGCCACUCCUGAGCCCGUCGAGGGCGAGCAGACGCCCAUCCGCUGUUCGAAUCAAGAGGGGAAAGUCAUUGAGGGGGGGAGUGCUUUGGCAGGAGGGGAAGAUUUAGAAGGGGGAGUGGAGCCUGGCCCGAUCACGAGCGCCCGGCGAGCGGUGGGCAUGGCAGUGACGUCAUCCGAGGUCAUGCUGAUCGAGCGCUUCCUGGCGGGGGAAGACCUUUCUGGGACCGGAGAAAAGAAUCCGUUCCAGCUCGCUUACGUUGGUGGGGUGAAGAUAAGGUUGAAGCGGCGGUCCCUGGGGCUGGAUGAGUUUCGGCUUGGGGGGGUGGCGUCUGAGACAGAAACGGAGGGGGAAGAGGAUUUGUUGGCGGACUUGCAGACGCAGGCGGCUGCGGAGGGGACUGGAGAGGGGGUGGGUGAGCAAGGGGGGGUUGGGCAAGAAAGCGGGGCUGGGGAACAGACAGAGGAGGCCACCACAGGGGAAGUAGAUGAGCGGGGGGGUGUUCUGCGGGAAAGCCGAGAAGAGGGAGCAGAGGAAAGGGGGGGAGAAGAGGAAGGGGGGGGUGGCUGUUUGAAAGAAGCUGCAGGGAAAGGGGACGAAGGCAUCUCGGAGAGGGGCGAAGGGGUGUGCAGAAAUGGUGUUGAUGGUGCGGAGGGAAGCGAAAGAGGGGGUCCAAGAAGUAGGGAAGUCCAAGGGGUGAAACUUGAAGCUGGAGUUUCGGGAAGAGGUGUAAUAGUCGGUCAGGGGGAGGAGACUGCAAAACGGAGCUUGGACUUGGGAUCACCAGAGCGGCGAGAAAACAAGUCAAGUUCAGGGGUCGAGAGAGGCGCCGGGGGUGUGGAAGAUAGCCCAAAGACGAUGGAGGGAUGUCCGAAAACGGACGGCCCAAGUGGGCAGGAGGAACUGGAUACGCAAGUGGGCCUUGCAACGCAGAAGGCGCUCGCACGAGCACGCGCCAUGCUCAGGGGCUGGACAGGGCCCGCAGCAGCCUCCCCUCAGCCGCCAACAGACACCGCCCCUGUUCCUCCACCACUCGACACGCAGACUGUCGCCGCAAACACCUGCCCGGGGAUCCCUCCCGACCACGAAACCCGGGGCCAGGAAGAGAGGACCACAGAGGUGGGAAAGUACUCGGAACAGUCCCACGAGUUGGUGGGAUCUGCGGGCCACGUGGCAGAAGAGGAGCUUCGGUUCUCGUGCGGGGGGCCGGAGACGCAGCUUGCGUUGGCAAGGGGGCGUGCUGUGGUGAGAAAGUGGGCCCCCGGACUUGUGUCUCCAGUGUCUUGCAAGGGGGCGGGGGCGGAGAGGAACGAAGAGGGGGUUGAGGGGGCGAGCGAAGACGUGGCUGCGAGACAGGAGCAGAACGAAGAGGGAGGGGGGGCUCCUGAGGAAACAAGUAGGAGGCAGGGGGACGGAAGCGGUGAUCCUGCUGCUAACGAGAGCGAGACGCGAUUGAGGGAGGAAGGCGAAAGGGGGGAUCAAAAGGUGGGACAUCCGGCAGGGAAGAGGGCGCAACUAGAGGCGCGAGAGGAUCCUGGGCCGGCAAGGGAUGAGCUGGGGAAAGCCGAAGAAACUGAGCAGCAGAGCGGUUUGGCAAAAGGGAGACCGGUCGAGACACUGGAGUGUCUGGAUGGUGCGCACGAGAAAGGGGUUUCUAGUGCUGUAGAGGAAGUGUUGAACCAAGCAAGAGAGGAAGCAGCAGAAGGGUCGGCAGAUUGCGUCUCGCGGGAAGCGAAGGGCUCAGCAGUGGCAGACCGAAAGGUUGACCUUGCAGAAAUACCAAACGCGGAAGGUUCUGAGUCGGUCGUCCGACAGGACAUGCCGGACGCGUCAGAGGUUGUUCGGGGCGACGAAAUGCACGAUCCGCAGCCGCUUCCUGCCGUGGGCGGAGACCUGCCGGAUGGUCACGUGGCGCUGACGUCAGCAUCGCGGGCGGAGCCUCCGCAACAGGGGGGGUCAAUUGUAGGGAACGGUCAGACGGAGGAGGCGGAGGCGAAGCUUUUGGAGGCAGAGGGGGAAAGGGGGGAUCCGCAGACGGCAGGGACCCCCCCAGAUGGCCUGGGAUUUACGACCCCGCCUGCGAUACUCGGCCCGUUCUGGGCUCCUGAGGGGGGGUUUCCCCUGGGCAGCACGGCGCCCCCCAGUUCGCGGAAGCGGCCCUGCCCGUCGUGGCGGGUGUCUGAAACGCAGAACCCGGACGAGACCCCCGUCCGCAACGGCGCGGCAGGCGAACGCGUGGAAUCGGCGGGUUCGCCGGAGGAGGAUGUUGCGGGUUCGCGAGAAGGGGGGACCGCAGGUAACGAGGGGUUUGCGCAAUUAGGCGCGGGGGUUGUUGAUGGUUUGCGGACGGGAUCAGGAUCGGGUUUAGAGGGUUUGGCGGCAUCGAACGCUGACGGAGUAGGGGCGGGUGUUGCUGCGGAAGAGGGUGUAAUCGGGCGUCCAAAAGAAGCAACGAAGCCGUACGAAAGCAAAGCGGCGGCGGACAAGAAUGGCUGGCGUCAGAAGGUGACGGAAGCGCGGGCGCCGCCAGAGGGUAUGAGGGGUCCCGGACAAACGGCACCGAAACGUGGGGAGGGCUGUCCGGAACCUUUGGGGGAUCCCCCAGCGGGCAAGGUGCAGAGAAACGAGGGGGUGGCCGGGCCCCAGCCAGGGACAAAUGAAAAGGCGCCACGUGGCAGUCCGAAAGGCGCCGGUUGGACGCAGUGUCUGGAAUACUUUCAGCAGCAGGUGGAGAUGGGGAGGGUGUGUACGCUGCCGGCGUACUCUCCGGGGGGGUGCGAUCCGGGGGCAAAAACGGGGGGUGUCGCGGGGUGGGCAGAAAGUGAGCCUAGCCCUGGGAAGCAUGCACAAAAGAGAAAGGCAAAAGUGACAGCUGGCGGGGCCAAAAAGAGUGGAGAGGGUUUGGUAACGGGGGGCCAGAAGAGCCGGCCAGAGCCUGGAAGGGUUGAGGAAAAGGAGUGCUUUCAAGGGGUGGGCUGCGGAUUGGGAGGAAGAUAUGAGGAGACGGGAAGCAUGACGGUUGAUGAUGACGCUGCAGGGGGCUGGCGGGAGGCAGUGCGGGCUCAAGAAAAGCGUGCGGCAGAGGGUGUUUCUGCCUUAGAGAAGAAAGAGACCAGGGCGGACGGGUGCAGAGAAGAAAAGGCGGGGGUAAAACAAGCACCGUCGAGUCCCCCCCAGCGCGAAGCCUCCUCUCCGGGGGGGCACGGCGUCCAGCGGAGCUGCAGCCAGAGCGGGACCCCCUGGCCCGAGAUCUGUUCCGUGAUCGGCUCAGAAGAGCUGCCGCUGUUCAAACCGAAGCCGCGAGUCGUGUACUCUGCCGCGCACAAGCCGGCGGCCGAGGGGGGGUCUGCGCAAGAUAAGGAAGAAGGGGGGGGAGGCGGGGAGAGAAAGUUUGUGGAGGUGGAGACGCAAGAGUCGGUGGGCGUGCUGAUCUGGCAGCGGAGGACCGGUGUGAAAAGGGCGCGCACGUUCGUGAUCGAUUCGACGUCAGAAGGGCGGGAAGCGGAGCGGGGAGGCAUUCACAACGCGGGAGAAGAGGCUGUCCCAGGGGAAGGUGCACCUUGUGGGAAUGGAGCGAGGAAGAGGUUGAGGAAGAUUGGAGGUGGAGUGCUGGAUGAUAUCGAGGAGGAGGCCACGUGGCACCGUGUGGAGCCGGCCACGUGGCACGAGGUCGAAGAGCGGAAAGGUGGAGGAGGGACGAAAGGAAUCGAGGCGAUUGCGAGCCGGUGGCUUGGAGGCUGGACGCCUGCGGCGGCUCCCGCUGUCAAACACGUGGCGGACCUCCCUUCAACCCCGCCCCAGACGCCCCCUCGGGAGUCUCCACCGACCGCAACGCAACAGAGCGCCCAGCACGAGAAAAGCGGAAAACUAGACCGGGACGAACCCCCAGAAGCCCGCCAGCCGGCGUGGAAGAGGGACGGGUUCGUCGAGUCGCUCUCGCAGCCGAGCCAAGCCGACUUUCCCCCUUGCGCUUCUGACGAGAUUCCCGGGGAUAAGCCCUCGAGUGCGGAACUCAAAAGCGCUGCGGCGCCGUCAAACCCUCCGCGACCCUCUGAUCCCGCAAAACCUUCAAACCCUGCAAACCCUGCAAACCCUGCCAAAACCCUAAACCCGGAGAGGCCUGCCGAGGCUGGCCCCAAGGCUCCCGAGCUGGUGCUUGAGGAGUCCCCGGUUGGAGAGUCUCCAGAAAUGGAGCCGGUCAAGGCGGAUGAGGUUAGGCGGAGUCCCCGGAAGAAAGGGCAGGAGGGGCGACCGGGGGAAGCAAUGGCAGGCGGUUGGAGGAACCGGGAAAAGCACGUGGGCGGUCGGAAGGAGGCGGGGGGCGGUCGGAGGGAAACUCCGGGCGGUCGAAAAGACAUCGUGGGCGGUCGGAAAGAGUUCGCGGGCGGUCGGAAGGAUGUUGUGGGCGGUUCAAGAGAGCCUCCGGGCAUCCCAGAAGUGGACAAAAGGUUUCGGGGGGAAGGCGCCGGGGCUGGAAGGGAUUCUGGUGGCGGUCGGGAGAAGGUUUCGAACAUCUGGGCGAAUCCUUCUCGACGCCCCCUGAGCCAGGCGCAAAAGGGCCGCGUCACUUUUGUACGUCCGCAGAGGCACGACUUCGUCCGGAACUCCUCGCAGGCGGUCGCUGACGUGGCACGGAGGAUGCGGGAGGUCACCCAAAGAGCCGCUCGGGAAAACAGUGCUUCGGCGAAGACUCUUCGAGAGAAGCGUGCUCGAGGAAAAGAGGCGUCGGCUUCGGACGGUCGCCGGACGCGAAGCGGGCGUCCGAACAAGCGGCCAAUGGACAGCCAGUUUCUGGUGUAUGGGGAGGGGCGAGCAGCAUCGAGCCGUUGCGAGAAACAGACUGGGUCUCGAGAGACAGGCGCUGAGAAGAAUGGCUUCAGCGAGUUGCCUUUCGAGGGGACAGGGCAAACUGAGGGCAGUGAUAGUGACGACUUUGGGGAGGAACAAGCAGGGGAAGCAGGGGAUCUGCGGGGAGGAGAGAGGGGUGACGCAGGGGUGACGUCAGGGGGGCUGAAGUGGCCGGAAGACCGGAAGCGGAAGCGGCUGCCGGGGUCCCAGGAGAGUCGGGAGAAGCGCCCGAAAGGAGGGGAUGCCGAAGGAAAGGAAGGCAGGGAGAAGGGCCACGUGGCAGCAGGGAAAACGACCAGGUAUGGUCACAGGAAUCGGGAGAAAGCGGCAGGGAAAAGAAGCGCGGGAAAAGGAAAGGGAAAAGCAAGUGGGUUUUCUGGCGGGGUUGGAAAAAUGUCCGACGAUGGUGCAGCGAAAACGGAGGAAGGAGUCCCGGAAAGUGAAGGGUUUGGUCUGAGAAGGAGGAUGCGGCGCAAGUGUUUUUCCAAGUAUAAACGCGCACAGAAAGUAACGCGGAGGGAGAGUGAGAAGCCUAGCGAGAAGGCGCGGGGAGGAGUCACGACGCGUCAUGGUGCCGCGCUGACCAAGGGGCUGAGGCUCAGGAAAGGGUCGAAGGUUUUGAGGUCCAAUGCGGAGGGGACACGUGGCAAGUUGAAAAAGCGAGCAACCGCUGGUAGUAAGGCAGCGCCGGAAGGUCCAACUGAAGCAGAACGACCGGGAAGAAGGACGGCCGUCGAUACCGAGGCUGCUGAGGCAUCAGCGGAAGGGUCGGAUGACGUCAGAGGAAAGUCGGAUGACGUCAGCGGGGAUGAAGGUAAAACAGCCAGUCCGAAACGAGCCCCCGGGAGACGGGUCAGCUUCCAGGCGGUGUCUCCGGCCUCCCCCGCCCGUCGGUCCUCUGCGUUUGGGACCCAGCAGGCCGCCGCGGCGAUCUUCGAGAUGGCGGGGGCUGACGUCGUGGAUGACGUCAGCGGAUCCCCGGCUGCGAAGGGCGGGGGCGCGGCGACGCCGAGGCGGAGUCCUAGGGGGAAGAAGGUGGCGGGAAAGCCGGUGAGCGGGGAAAAGGAUUGGUCCGGCGGAGUCCGCCGGAAGGACGACGAGGAGGUGCGAGAGGGAGUGAGGAAACGAGGUGACGCUGAGCCUGACGUCAUCGACCUCCGGGGAAAUGGUGGGCGGGAAAAGAAGGCGGGGAGACGGGGGCCGAUCCUGUCGAGUUGUCGUCAGAACCCGACGAGCAGCGAGCGGGGAGCCAAGAAGAGGAAGCUGUCGGACAUCGGGACCGGCGGGGAUGCGUCCGAGGGGUGCCACAUGGCAAAGAGUGCCCGGUCCCAGAGCCCGGCUGCCAGGAAAGGAAAGCGGGUUAAGUCGGACAUCGAGCUUUCAGAGGAAGACGGCGAGCCGGUACCGAGCGGGCCGCUUUUCGCGGGCUGCCGGUUCCUGCUGACCGGGCUUGAGACGGGGCAGAAAGAGAAGCUCACCGCGCUUCUUACGCAGCAUGGCGGGCAGAUUUUUGCUGACAUCCCGGAGCCUCCUAGCAGGGGGGCAAAUCUGGGGGCGGAUCAUACCCCCAGCCCGCUGAAGCCGAGGCGGCGCCAUGCCCCGGGGCAGCCGGAGGCGACCAUCGUGAUUGCGGGCAGGCCUGUGCGGACGCCCAAAUUCUUGUACGGGUGCGCGGUUGGUUCGUGGCCGGUCCGAAGCGCGUGGGUGUCCGCUUGCGUGAAAGCGGGAACGCUGGUUUCGCGAGCGAAGUUCGAAAGCCCCCGAACGGAAACGUCCGCGAAGAAUGGCACUGAAAAGUUUGUUGAGGAAGGCAAGGCGAGCGGCGGGGGAAAGAAGAGGGGGAGUGCGGGCGUUUCCGGGCGGAACCAAGCGGAAGAGCGGAACGGAAAGGAACUAGAGCAAGGCGUCCUCGCGGGCUUGCAUUUGCACCUGCACGGGAGCGCGAGGUUCAAGAAGACGUGGGCGGAUCUGGUGCGGCACGCAGGGGGCCACGUGUGCCGGUCGCUGGAGCACGAUUGGGCGCACGCGGUGCUGCUGGAACCAGGAGUCGACGCGCCGCCGGAUCUGAAGCGCGCGGCCAGGCGGGCGAAAGUUUCGAUCAAGACCCUGGACUGGGCCGUCGACGCUCUCCUGUCGGGCAGCCGCCCGGCCGACUUUCCAAACCCGCCAAACCCCCAAACUCUCGAGCAAGCCCUCUCACCCUCGGGAGCCGCAAGGCGCGACCAAGACAGCCCCAAGCAUCCCCCAAAGAGGCGAAAGUCGAGCCUUGCUUCUAGCGACGAACUUUUACGAAAAGGCAAGGACCCGGAAGAGGCCGGCGAGCCAGAUCACGCUCCCCGAAAUGUCCGAGAGGAAACUCCGCCGGAGGGGGGAGCUGCCUGGGAGGGUUUGGGCCUGCGAGAACCCCCCCCACUGCCGCCAGACGCUCUUACGGCGCCCGGGGAGUCGGACGUCCGCCCCGCAAAGCGGACGUACUUUUCGGUGGUGACGAGCGCCGGCGAGCGGUACCGGAUCGGUGACGCGGCAGAGACUCAAGCUGACGGAAGCGCGAGCGCGCGCGUCGUCCAGCUGAUGUCACUGUGGGAGUUGCCCGGGAAUGGCGGGGAGGGGUGUAUGCGGGCCACGUGUCGGCUUUUCAUGCGCCCCCAGGAGACUGAGUUUCCAAUUGGAGGCAUGAGUGGUUUGGGGGCUAACCAAGGGUUAGCGGAAAGUGGUUUGCAGGAGGUGUAUCUGUCCAGCGUGGUGCAAGAAUUGGAUGUGUCGGAGCUUAGGAGAAAGGUACAUGUGGCAAGGAGCACAGGAGGUGCUGGUCCGAGUGCUGGUUUCCUAUGUAGAUUCUUCUACGAUGCGGAGCGGGAGAUCUUGCAAAAGCUCAAAGGGUGACGUAAACAUACGACAGGAGAAAUUGUUCUCGCCUUUGCGGGGGCAAUUGAAAAUUUAAGUGCCGACUCUUGCACGGACGGAG